AUGACCUCCUGCACUUUAGUUGCCUUGAAGAGAUUUGCCAGUGCAUUGGUCUUCGGGGUCACGCUAUGGAACUUUGAAUUCCUUUUGCAGCAGUUCCGUUUCCCCACGGGUGGAGUUAGUACCCAUAAUAAGCCUUUCUCCAUUCUGAUUUGGGACUUGCCGUUCAACCGGGCUUUGAACCUCACCAGCAACGUUUGUGCCACACACCAUCACAACAAGGGCUGUUUGUUGACCAGUAACCAUAGCUUACUUGACCAAGCAGACGUGGUGGCGUUCCAUCACCAUGAAUUGCAGCACAGCAGGUCAAGUCUCCCAAGAGCUAAAAGGAAUCCAGGGCAAAACUGGGUGUGGGUUUCACUGGAGUCUCCCACCAACACCAAAGGCCUGGCUGGCUGGAACAGAACCUUCAACUGGGUCAUGACAUAUCGACGGGACUCCGAUAUCUUUGUUCCUUAUGGAGUUCUUGUACCUCACCCAUCUGACAGGGUAGACAUCCCAAAGAAAUCCCAUUCAGUGUGUUGGGUUAUCAGCAACUACCACCAUACCCAAAAGAGAGCAAAGUUGUACCAAGAACUGUCCAGGCACAUCAAGAUCGAUGUAUAUGGAAAAGCAAGCAAGAAGCCUCUCUGCCCAUCCUGCCUCUUGCCAACCAUCUCCCAAUACAAGUUUUAUCUUGCUUUUGAGAAUUCCAUACACCAAGAUUACAUCACGGAGAAGCUGUGGAGGAAUUCCCUGCUUGCUGGCACCGUACCUGUAGUUAUGGGCCCACCCAGAGCCAACUACCAGCAGUUUAUUCCUGGAGAUGCCUUCAUUCACGUAGAAGAUUUUGGCUCAAUGAAGGAGCUUGCUACCUUCCUGGUGACCAUGAAUGACAGCCACUACCAGAGCUUCUUCAGUUGGAGACAAAGGUACACAGUGAAGUUGUAUGAUAACUGGCAGGAACGGUUUUGCACUAUCUGCAAUCAGUAUCCCAGCUUGCCUUGGGGAAAAGUCUACCCCAGCUUGGAGGACUGGUUCAGGAAUUAG